CAAGCAUUACCAUGGCUUGCUGGAACCACAAUUUAGAUACCCAAUCCGAUCGAAUUUACGGGUGAACAACGACUAGGCAGCCACCGACGUGGAGUAUCAGUCAAGACUACUUUCACCUAAUUGUUCGAUGACAACCAACGACCGGUGCGAACAAGUACAUCCCACGUUCCUGUACCUUCUGGUCUGUUUCACCACCAGGUCAAGCGAACAACUCGAGACCCAACCGUGGAUACUCAAAUCACUGAUUCGACACCCAACCCCACGACACUCAGUGUCUGCACUGACAACAAUGGAGACGCCCACCUGUUCAACGCCACCUCCUUCGUCGCCACGUAGCCCAGAAAAGUCACCGCUGUUUACCAAGCCACCGCCAGGUGCUCCACAGCGGAAUACGAAGUCUUCUGUCAACCCUACAACAGUGAUCCUUUUUACUCCACCAGAAACGCCACCCAAGUUUCUCGUGUCAGACCCAGUCAUUGACAACUCUGCGUGGGACAGCAACGAUCCAUCAACCUGGCCAAUGGUGUAUCUCCCCUACCAAAACUUCGCCGCUAGUAGUUCGAGUACACCUACACACGUCGAUGAGAUGCUGGUUAACGUGCAUUACAAAGGCGAAGGAGCGAGGAAAUUGCGUUCGCUAUUGUGGAAGGCGAUUGACGAAUGCGAUAUUGAGGAGGACAAGCAGCGAACUGAGCGUUUGGCGUUCCUGUACUGGCCAUUCAACGUCACUACAGACGGCUGGUGGAAGGAGAUGAGUGGGAUGACAAUGCAGGAAAUGGACGUGUGGCGAGCGUUAACAAACGAGAUGAAAGUCCAAGCAGAAGGUGCAGACAGCCAGUGAGCUUGGUCGAUGUCGAGAUGUCCAGCUUCCUACUGGGCUGUGAGUUGCAAUUCCAAGUUAGUUCAUGUCCGAAAAAGGACAUUGGUGACUGGCAAAUCGUAUGGAAAUGCUUAUUCCUUGACCGCUCUUCUCCGACCGAGGCAUGUUGGGCUUUUACGGAUACCACAAACUGC